AUGGGAUCGCUUUUGCGACAGUCGUACGAUCUCGCAGUGCAGGCAGGACUGCGUACGAUGGAGGCGAACGUGAUCCCCGACCGCGCUCUGCGACCAGCUUGCCGUUACCUCAUGUCGCAGCGUAUCGCCAUGUCGCGAAAGGAGACCGUGGAGGAACAGCUUCAGGACCUGGUCGAAUUCGCAGAGUCUCUCAAGUCAAUGCCCAUCGCUCUCAGCACGGCAGCAGCCAACGAGCAGCACUACGAGGUCCCCACGGAGCUCUUCCAGCUGUGCCUGGGGAAGCGACUCAAGUACAGCUGUUGCUACUUCCCCACGGCAAAGACCACCCUAGACGAGGCAGAGGAGCUGAUGCUGGCAAUGUACUGCGAGAGGGCGCAGCUUGUAGACGGGCAGGACGUGCUGGAGCUGGGGUGCGGGUGGGGCAGCCUGUCGCUGUACAUGGGGGAGAAGUACCCCACCAGCCGCAUCGUGGGGGUUUCAAACUCGAGCACACAGCGAGCGUACAUUGAAGGCCAGUGCAAAAAGCGGGGCAUCAAUAAUGUGCGCAUCAUCACAGCCGACAUGAACACGUUCCAAGCAGAGGGGACGUUUGACCGAGUGAUCUCUGUUGAGAUGUUUGAGCAUAUGAAGAACUACCAGCUGCUGCUGAAGAAGGUGGCUUCCUGGAUGAAGCCAGAGGCGCUGCUCUUCAUUCACAUCUUCACGCACAAGGACUUUGCAUACCACUUCGAGGAUGCGGGACCAGAUGACUGGAUGACGCGGUACUUCUUCACGGGCGGCACCAUGCCGGCUGACAAGCUGCUGCUGUACUUCCAGGACGACCUCAGCAUCGCCAACCACUGGUGCUUGAACGGCACGCACUACCAACGGACCAGUGAGGCGUGGUUACGUAACUUUGACGCCAACAUUGUGAAGCUCCGGCCGAUCCUAGCGGAGACGUACGGCAAGGAGGCAGCGACCAAGUGGACGGUGUACUGGCGCACAUUCUUCAUUGCCGUGGCUGAGCUCUUCGGCUACUCCAAGGGGCAAGAGUGGGUCGUUUCACAUUACCUCUUCCGGAAAAAGCAGGCAUAA